AACUAGGUGCGCGCGGUAAGACGUUCAAGUCUAAGCGAAGUGCGACCAGGUCAGGCCAGUUUAGCCAGUGGGUAAUUAUGAGGGACAAAAUGCACUGUAAGUCCACUAUUAACCCAGUGGAGCUGUGGGGUAAUCUUUUCUCUUCCCUGGAGGAUUUACCCCCAAAUUCCCGCUUUUUAAAGGCGGUAAACACGGGUUUUGUCCCGGGGAGAAAGAAAUUACAAAACGUACCUUUUUACGGACAUGUAACACCGAAUGCGGAGAAGAACGACAAGGCCAAACGAGGAGGAGAAGAGGGAACAGAACCAAGGGGGGGGAAAAGCCACCCCUGA